AUGGGCGUAUUAGGAGUCAAUCAGGAGGCUUGCGCACUGGCCAAAGCACACAAGCCGGAGCAUUUCUGUCUAGAGCGGAUUGUAAGGCCCAAUAUCCUUGCGCUUAAGCCUUACCGAUGCGCUAGGGAUGACUACCAAAGUGGCACGCUGCUCGAUGCGAACGAGAACUCGUUGGGUCCAUCAGCAGCGACUCGCUCUUCGGAAGAAAUGGAAUCGCUGCAGCUGCAUCGCUACCCAGACCCUGGAUUGUAUGGUGUGCGUGAGUCUGUGACACAGUUUCGUGGACUGCCACACACGGCCUAUACGUUUCUUGGCGUCGGCAGCGAUGAAGUGAUCGACUUGAUCCAGCGAUGCUUCGCACGCCCAUCACAAGACAAGAUUCUGAUCUGUCCUCCAACGUAUGGCAUGUACAGUGUGAGUGCUUCGAUUAAUGAUGUGCAAGUAGUGGAAGUGCCGCUGACGAUGCCGGACGAUCCUCGUGGUGCGUUCCGUCUAGAUGUCCCCAAGGUGCAAGCGGCUCUCGCACAGGAUCCAUCCAUCAAGUUGGUGUUUUUAUGCUCGCCAGGAAACCCCACAGGGACACUCUUGGCAAUGGAAGACGUGUGUGCCAUCCUCGAGACGCCAGCGUACCAAGGACUUGUCGUCGUCGAUGAAGCUUACAUUGACUUUGCGCUGGAGGAACAGGCGCAGGGUCGAAAACACACAGCUUCCCAAGCUGUGUCGGCCGUCUCGCUUGUGCACGAGUAUGCGAAUCUGAUCGUGUCUCAAACGCUCAGCAAGUCAUUUGGACUCGCUGGUGUACGAAUGGGCGUGGCAUUUGCACAGCCGCCGAUCAUCCAGGUGAUGAACAACACCAAGGCGCCAUACAACGUGUCGACACUAGCUGCCCAUGCCGCCUCUCAGGCUCUGGCUCCCGAAGGCAUUCAGCGUAUGCGGUCGCAUGCCAAGACGCUGGUUGAGCUUCGUGAGCGGCUCAUUCGCGAACUUGCUUCCAUCCCUUGCAUUGGAAAGGUUCUCGGUACGAACGAUGCCAACUUUGUGCUGGUCCAGGUGCUCGAUGCGCCGAAGGGUCUGCCGGAUAGCCAGCGAGCAGCUCUCGUCUACAAGCGUAUGGCGGAAGAACAUCGCCUCGUCGUGCGUAAUCGGUCGUCGGAAUUGGGCUGCGAUGGAUGUCUUCGAAUUACGGUUGGCACGGCCGAGGAAAAUGACCAGUGUAUCAAACUGAUGAAGGAGCUAUUGACGCCAUAG